AUGAACAACAUCACCCCGGGUCAAGGCCCCUCUCCCAUGGCAACCCCACAAGACUCUACACGAAGGAAGAUUCGGAAAGGAACACGGUCGUGCUGGGAGUGCAAACGACGAAAAAUCAGAUGCAUCUUUCCCUCGCAGGAUGGUACAACUUGCAAUGGGUGUUUGCGCCGGCGUGUUCCCUGUGUCACGCAGGAAAUGCCCGAGGACUUGGUCCCGGCGGCGACCAGGAGCGGCGGCCAACAGCUUGGUGAGCGCAUCGCGAGAGUAGAAGACUUCAUCAAGGGCUUUCUCGCCAAUCCCAAUGCUGCGGCGAUCAGUCAAGCUCCACGCCAAGAGUGGCAGUCGGGCGGUGAUGACUCGAGAGCUCAGGCCAAUGAUUCACCGGUGUCCGCGCAACUGGUUCCAUUUCCUUUGACACCUGUGCAGAGUUUGCGUGGCGAGUCUGUGCCGGAGUCCGUCCUCGUCCCGGACUCGCAUGUUGAGUGGAAUGGAGUUGGCAAUGAAACCGCGGUGCAUCAAUUGCUCGGAGCUUUCCCAAGAGGCGAGGACGCUCGUAUUCUCCUCAAGGAGAGCUCCAGGCCGUCUCUAUAUACACAAAUCAUGAACACCCAACCUCAUAGUAAGCUGACAUAUGAGGCACUGGCAACGCCUGUUGCGGUUCCGGCUCUCCCUGGCCCCCACAGGCAUCCAGUGAGUCUAGCGAGAAUGAUGCUCUUGUUUGCCAUUACACUGCAGACUCCGUACAGUGAGAAGCUCCGUUCACUUUCCGAGCCACAGAACACUCUUAUGAGUCGUUUUGUGACGACUGCUACAAUAUGGGUAACUACAAGAGAAGAGAUGAGCGGGACCAUAGACUAUCUCUAUUGCGUUAUGCUAGAGGGUGUCUACGAAGUAAAUUGUGGUAAUCUACGACGAGCCUGGGGCGUCUAUCGUAGAGCAAUGGCAGCUGCUCAGCUGAUGGGCCUCCAUCGUUCUCCUCCUCCGUCACCGAAACGCAUCGACCCGGCGCUGGACGCCGAUCCCAAGUUUAUGUGGUUCCGCAUCAUCUACAUGGACCGUUACCUCAGUCUCUUGCUCGGUCUGCCGCAGGGCACUCCUGACACGAGUAUCGGGGCUAGUUCUGUUUUGUCCCGCGAGCCUCCCUUGGGUAGGUUUGAGAGAUCUCUCACAGUGAUCGCAUCCCGUGUUCUAGAACGCAACGAGGGCGAAUUCAGCUCGGGUGGCAUCGCAACCACCCAUGCAAUCGACGCCGAACUACUGAUGGUUUCAAAGAGUAUGCCGGGAAGCUUUUGGCGGCCUGUGAACUUCCUCAACCUUACUCCUGCAUCACCUGACACUCUUCUAGAGACGCUUCGCUUGUCGGCCCAGGUCUACUACUAUGCGCUGCUGAUCCAACUCCAUCUUCCUCACAUGAUGCGGAUAGGGGACAACAGCCAACAUGAGGAAAACUCCAAGUUUACCUGCAUGAAUGCCGGUCGGGAGAUUAUGACACGGUUCAUAGCACACCGGACCUUCAACCCGAUGUCGUCUUGCUCACGGCCCGUAGAUUUCUUUGCGCUUCUAGCAGCCAUGACGCUUCUCUUAGCCCACAUCGAUGCCCACCAUGGGUCAGAAGCGAAUCAUUUUCUUGCUCACCAACGUCUAGGCGACCUCUCCAUGUUGAAUCAGGCGCUGGAGAGAAUGGACAUACUCAGCAACGCCAACAACGACGUCGUCUCUGGCAAGAAUGCCAGGUUGAUACGACGACUGCUCGCCAUCGAGGCAGACGCAGCCGAAGGGGUAAACUAUGCAACCAGCAGCGUAAAUGGAGAUGAUGACGUGGAUGAUAUUGAUAGACAAGACGACCAAGCCGGUGGCGAAGCUCUUCACUUGCGCAUUCCGUACAUUGGUAUUGUCCGGAUUGCUCGACAGGGGCCCAUCUCUCGGCAGCCCUUGCUGGACCAGGCUACAUCUCAACAACCGAUCAUGCAGCUGCGCGCGUCCGAGUAUGAACGGCCUAUGAUGUAUAGUAGCGAUAAUCUCAAUCUCCAGCAGCAAGCCGACCUCGGCUCCAGCGAGAUGGAUGAAGCGGAUGAAUGGGCCUUCCAAGGCGUUGACAUGGCCUUGUUUGACAGAUUGAUGGGGGGGACGGCGUGUAUGGACGGCGUUCGGUUCGAUUAG